ACAUUUAGCUCCCCACAAAUCAAACGACAAAAAGGCACUGUUUCCCUUUCUGUGAGUUCUUCACACUUCUCACUCUCACAUUCAACAAAACACAACACACACCACUUUUCCCCUUCCAAUCGCAAUGGCAGAGGAAGAACAAGACCCCUACAACGUGCUUCGUUCAUACGUAGGCCUAAGCUUCUCCAUCUUCCUCGCUAUGCUUCCCAACAAUUCAGUGCAGAACCAGCUUCGCCGCCUAUCGCUCAAGCUCUCUGAGGCCGAGGAGGAGCUGCGCCAGAUGAAAUCUCGGAGGCAAGAGGACUCGAAGGCGAACGCCAGGGUCGUGGAGAUCUUCGCCUCGCACCGGAACACGUGGCAGGCGGAGGAGAAGCGGUUGCUGCAGCAGAUCGAUGCCGCGGCGGAGGAGAUCGCGAGGCUGAGAUCGCGCGUGGCGGAGCUGGAGGAGUCCAAGGCGCGUGUGGAAAGGGAGGUGGCGGAGAGGGACGAGAUGAUUAGUUUCAUGUCGAGGAGGAUUGAGGAGGAGGGAUUGGGUGGGUGCCAGUCCAGGGAGCAUUAUGGUGUGGACGAGGAAGAGGAGGAGGAAGAGAUGGUGGGAACCACUAGGAAUGUGGAAGAGCAAGUUGAGGUUGUUUAUGAACAACACCAACAACAAACUCACCAUUCUGAGAAUGGCUUCGAUUCUGAGUUUAUGGCUUCUGCUUCUAAGUUUUGGGCUGAGAAAGCUUCCCUUUGGCAGGAUGUACAGUAUGAAUCCCUUGAAUCAAUGUAUAACACAAAGCAUUUUGUAGCAAGAAGGGAGUCCCCCUGGAAGGUAGAUGGUGAUUCCGAUGGAGUUUCCUCGAAACUUAAAUUGCUUGAACAGGAAUUAUUAAAUCUGGAGACGAUUGGUAAGGGUGAUCCAUCUAAGAUGUCAUCCUUAAUUAAGAAGCAGGCAAAGAGAUAUCAAGCACUUUCAGAAAAAAUUGAUAAUUUAUGCAGAAGAAUAGCUAGUGAUCCCUGUGAACCCUCCCUCAGUUCAGAAUUUCGAACCCAAACUCAAACAGAGUUUUUACUAGAAGCAUUUCGGCUCCAACAGGGUGCUUCUGAAACUGGACAGAAGCUAAUGGCUUUGCAAGCUGAAAUUGGGAAGAGCCAUUGCAGGGAUGAAUUGAGAAGCGAGACGACGCUGACCACAAGACGGUCUUUGGAUUCCAUUAGGAACAACUUCAAAGAAAUUCAGCGAAAUUUGGAGAUAUGGUUGGCCAGAAUCAUUGGUGAUCUUGAGGGGAUUCUGGCAAGGGAUGGUGCAUCUCGUGUAAGAGAAUAUUAUAUUUCUAGAUAUCCUUUUGUUCAAUAGAAUCUUAGAGACUGGUACGAAGCCUCACCUCUCAACCUAACAAGUUAUCUCUUUUGGUAUGUAUAUUGUUUCAAUUCAUAAAAGUGGUAGUUGGAUAUCCUUGUGAAAUGAAAUCACACCACUGCUGCUUUUGUUGGCAUCUUAAGUAUGUUCUUCGCUCCCCCGCGAGAACUUCCAUCUGAAAUAAAUGCCUUUGUCCAUUUGCUGAUGGAACCAUACAAAUGUGACAGCCAAAAACCAAGAAUAACGGUUAAGAUUUCUUCAUAUCACAAAAGAAACACGAAUUCUCAUAUAAUGCCAGCUACGCUUAUAACAAAUGUUGACGAUACUUUUUACAAUUUACCUUUCUUAAUUUUUUUCUAUUACAUCAUCCAUCAUAUUCUAUAUUUAUAAUAUUUUCUUUUAAUCUC